UUUACACGACACGCGUGUCGAAGCUCGGGCGCUCCUGCGUAACACCGGAAGACGUCAGCAUCGUUUUCGGGCGGAUCACUCGGAUACACUCCCAGCAGAGUCUCCAUCAUCAUGAACUACCUUCGUCGCCGACUCUCCGACAGCAAUUUCAUGUCCAACCUGCCCAACGGCUACAUGGGCGACCUGCAGCGCGCCGAGUCCCCGCCCCAGCAGCAGCCGAGCCCCGCGGUGUCCCCGGGGCCGGCGGAGAGGCGCCAGCCCGGCAGCCAGCAGCAGUCCGCGGCCGGAGGCUCCGGGGGCUCCGGGGGCUCCGGGGGCUCCGGGGGCUCCGGAGGCUCCGGCUUCUUCUCGUCCAUAUCCAACGCCGUCAAGCAGACCACGGCGGCCGCCGCGGCCACCCUGUCCGAGGCGGCCGACCGGGCGGGCGUCUCCGGCAGCGCGAAGAUCCUCCUGGUGCUGGACGACCAGCACACCGACUGGGUGAGAGUUUUCCGAGGAAGAAAGGUCCACGGUGGUGAAUAUGACAUCAAGGUCGAACAGGCUGAAUUUUCUGAAAUCAACCUGGUUGCCGACUCGUCGGGCACCUACACGGUCAGCGUCGAUGCAAUUCGGAAUGGCCAUAAGGUUACGAAAUCCUUUAAACCAGACUUCGUACUGAUCAGACAGCAUGCCUUCAGCAUGGACAAGAAUGGAGACCACCGCAACUUAGUGAUCGGCCUGCAGUACGCGGGACUGCCCAGUGUGAACUCUUUACACUCCAUCUACAAUUUCUGUGACAAACCAUGGGUGUUUGCGCAGAUGUCAAGGCUGCACAAACUGCUGGGCGCAGAGGAGUUCCCACUGAUUGAGCAGGUUUAUUAUCCAAACCACAAGGAAAUGAUCACGUCCUCUCGGUUCCCCGUAGUGAUAAAGAUGGGCCACGCUCACUCAGGAAUGGGGAAGGUGAAAGUGGACAAUCAAUAUGACUUUCAAGAUAUUGCCAGCGUUGUGGCCCUGACCAAGACCUACGCCACAUCCGAGCCAUUCAUCGAUGCCAAGUACGACGUCCGCAUCCAGAAGAUUGGUGAAAAUUACAAGGCCUACAUGAGAACAUCCAUUUCCGGCAAUUGGAAAACCAACACCGGCUCGUCGAUGCUGGAGCAAGUGGCCAUGUCGGACAAGUACAGGAUGUGGGUGGACACUUGUGCCAACAUCUUUGGAGGUUUGGAUAUCUGCGCUGUGGAGGCUCUCCACGGUAAAGACGGAAUGGACUACAUUAUCGAGGUCGACGACUGCUCCAUGCCACUGAUCGGCGACCAGCAGGAUGAGGAUCGGGUUCAGAUUGCAGAACUGGUGGUUUUGAAAAUGAACCAGACAAUUCUGCCUGCUUCAAGCUCCUCGGCAGGCCGCAUCGCAGCAGCGCAGAAGGCAGUGUCUCCUCAGCCUGUCUCCCAACCCAGAGUUCCACAGUCUCAACAGCGACCCUCACCUCAGGGCGGUCCCCAGCAAGGUGCUGCCGCGCAGGCCCAGCAGCCCGCCGCGAGCCCCGCUUCGGCCGAUCUUAGUUCCCAGGCCAAGGUGAGCCCGGCGCCUGCGGGCCAGGGAGCUCCUCAGCGAAGCCAGGGAGGCUCCCCUCAAGCUCAGAGGCAACAGCCCGCCAGUCAGCAGCAACAAAGACCUCCUCCGGGGGCCGCUGGUCAGAAACCUCAGCAACAGAGACCCGCGCAGCCCCCCAGACAGCAAUCGCAAGGGGGCCAGCAGAGAAGCGCUGGCCAGCAGGGCCGCACCGGCGCGACCGCCACCCAGCAGCCGCGACCGGCCGGCCGGGGCCAAGGCCAGGGAGGUCCGGGGGGACGGCCCGCGCUGCAACUAAAGCCCCAGCCCCCGCAAAAAGCCAGCCAGGACAACUGAAAAACCCCAACGUCACGAGCCAGCCUUAGCCAGGAUGAAGUGACGGCCGAAACCAUACGCAGUCUACGCAAAUCUUUUGCCAGUCUCUUCUCAAAGUGA